AUGCCAACGUUUCCACGUCUGGGGAAGCACGGCAACCGCUCGCAGCACGGUCUUCCAGAGCAGGCAGCUGUUGGAAUCCAAAGCAGCGGUGUCGGCGAUGCGACUGGCUCGGGCUUGGACGCGCAGUCUGCCUUGUCGUCGUCAACGGGCAGUCCUCACGAAGCCAUUGACGUCCGUCAGCAGCAGCAACAUCAAUUGCAGCAACAAAUGCAACAGCAACAGCAGCAACAGGGACUACCAAUAUUACAAGGUCCCGGGUCCAGCAAGCUUCCAAAGCAGCAGGUGUCGACUUUGCAACAACAACCACAGGCACAGUUGCACCAGGCACAGACGAACCAGGCACAGUCGCAGGCGCCAGCUCCCCCGCCUCACCUCUACAGCGCAGCCUCCACCGCAUCGGCCACUAAUAAUAACCCCUCGCCUCUCCAACAGCACCCGGGCGGUGAUUUCGUCUUUGAUGCCCGCCAGCAGCAGCAACAUUCUGAGUUUGUCGAUCCGACUGUAAAUCGAUCACAGAGCCUUCGCUAUCCCUCGCAAAGCUCUCUCCUCCAGCAGCACCAGUCGCAUUCGCAUCAGCAGCAGGUAUACGGCAUCGCUACCAGCUCCGUCGACGACCUGCCCAGCCCCGCAAGCUUCCAACAGCAACAGCUUCAACAUCAGCCUCCUCCCCAGGCCGCCCCCGAAAAGCACCGUACAAACCGCAAGCUGCACAUCAUCAAGGGAAUUUUUGGCUCUGUUCGUAAUAGCUCUGAUAACAGCAGCAGCAGUCAGAACAGCUCGCACUCACCCGCCCGUCAGCAACACGACAACAUCGUUGGAUUCUUAGGCCGCCGCUCGUCAAACAAGAGAGACUCCCGCAUCCCGCCGCUUGUUAGCACUCUUCGCCCUGUUCCCAGUGACGAUCUCGAUCAUUCCUCAUUUGACGAAAGCGUAUACCAACCGCACCCGCACGCACCGCCUCACCAAUAUCAACAGAUUCUGCAGCAAGGCCCUGGCCAGAUCAUUUCUCAGGAACAGCAGCUACAAUCCGACAAUAAUCAGGCUCACUUUGAUAUUCCGUCGCAAUCUACGCAGCAGCAACAGCUUCACCAACAAAUUCUCUUGCAGCAGACGGCAGACGGGCGACUCCCCUCCGCCUGCUAUCCAGGUUCGCAAAAUCCCGAGACAGCGUCCCAGCUAUCGCAUGAAUCUUCUGCCUACGAACAAGAUCUACGAAACCAAACUCCCCAGGCCAUACAGCUUGGAUCUGCACAGCACGUGAACCAGCAACAGCCGCCGCCGCCGCAAUCACAAUCACUACAGCAGCAGCCCGACAUGCCACCUCAGAGUUCCCGACGAAGCAACGAGGCCGAGCAGCCCAAUACGGGUCACCCUCCUAGCUACCGUCACAGCAAUGCUGGUCUGGCCGCCGCCAGUCCUCUGCCGCCGCAGGGAUCCGGCGUCGGCAGCGGCCAACCCGCCUACCGUGGCGAUGGCCGCCACUUUGAGGGAUCAGACCCAGGCCGUGAGACGCCUCAGCCGACUGCAGAAAAGGAGAUUGACAGUGAAAAGGCUUUCAGAGAACUGCUCACGAAAUAUAAAAACGUCAAGCGUCUGUAUUUUGACGGCAAAUCUCAGAUUGAGCAGCUGAAUGGACAAGUUGAGCAACUGCAGAAUGCUGUUGCCAACCAGCGUCUCUCACAGUCAAGAACGGCCCUGGACGACAGCGAGUACGCUACGCGCUUUAGCCGUCUGAACGGUGCCAUCCAGAACCUCUCCUUUAACAUACGCAAAGAAUGGCACAUUAUUCCCCCUUGGUUAGACAAAUUCGUCAGCCCCGAUGCGCUCAAGACGGGCAAGCAGGAAAUGACUGCCGUCGGACGCGCCGUUAUCUCGCGUUGGCUCGUCACUGAGCUGUUUGACAAAUGCUUCCAUCCAGAUCUCGACCCGCACUUGAGCGCCCAGUUGAAGGAGAUCGAGAUGGGCAUCCGCGGCAAUACUCAUAUCAUGCACCGACCGGAGGAGUUUGAUGCCCAGACGACUAAGGUUGUCAACUGGCGAAUGGCGACAUUGGACGGCCUGCAAAAGAAGACCAAUGCGCAAGCGACCGAGAACAGAGCCGCUCUCAUCCAGGUGGCCACGGCUAACCUCGUGAGGUACCUUCAUUCACAUCUGACGGACCCUCCACCUCCUGGUGUCGAAGGCAGUACAUCGAUGAUUGUGGAACUGGCCAUCGGUGUGGCGGCAAACUUGCCGCUGGAGAGCCGCGACGUUUCCAUUUGGUAUCCAAUGCCAGCCGAUAUAUUCCAGCCGAAUCUGAUGGAGGUGGAGAAGGGGGAGUUGCCACCUCUGACUGCAGCGAACCAAUCCGGCUCAGAUCCGGAGCUGGAAGAAGUCGUUGAGAAGGGUAGCAAAGGCCAGAAAAACAAGCCAGCUGCCAUGAAAGAACCCGGGAGAGUUCGCUUUGCCGGAUUCGUGGCCUUGGAAGUUAAGGGCCGGCAGGUGCUGAUCAAGGCGCCGGUGUGGACUCUUUAA